GGAAAGUGAAAAACGGGGAGGGGGGGAUUUCGGUUUUAAGAACGGCACUCCAAGACCUGUCUUCAAUGGAGCCUGUUUCAUCCUGGAGCCCCGAAAAGGUGACGGAGUGGCUAAGAGGCUUGGAGCCAACUGCCAAUCAGUAUCCAUUUGAAGCCUGGCAUCUCACUGGAGAACAACUACUCAAUUUAUCUUACCAAGACCUUGAAAAAUUGGGUGUCAGCAAAAUUGGCCAUCAGGAAUUGUUUCUAGAAGCUAUUGAGAGCCUUUGCUCUCUGAACUAUGACAUAACCCGGGAGAAUAUGCGGUCUCUGGUGGAGAAGCUGAAGGGAGUUUCUGUAACUCUACAAGGUAAAAUUCAAAGCCGCUGGAAGACAAACACCUAUAAUGGAAUGGCAGUGUCCAAGAUUGCACCAGACCUUCUACAGUCUAUCAUAGACCUAAUUUUAGCUGCAAAAGCUUUGUUCUCCUGGUUGAACAGGUAUCUUUACACCAAUGUAAAUGAUUACUCAGUCAGCCAAGACAUUAUUAACCUCUGUACUGAGCUUGGAAAUUCUGUUCAGAAGGAGAACAUCGCUUUGGAAAAAGAAAAAGAAAUAAUAUCCACAUGCAAACAACUAGUAUCCAUCUGUGACGCUAUCCUGAAUACUCAUUCUGAAGAGCUUUUGAAGCAAACUGCACAGCUACAUGCUGUGGAGCUCAUCCCAGUUUCACCUGGGGAUAGUCUGGGCAUUGAAAUCCAAUCCACUGGAUCAAACCUUCAUUUCAUAACUGGAACGGAACUGGAGUCACCUGCUGACCUGUGUGAGGAGAUUUUGGUUGGAGAUGAAGUAAUUCAAGUCAACAACCAGGUUGUGGUGGGCUGGAACAGAAAAAAAUUAAUCGGCAAACUACAGGAAGAUCCUAAUACAGUAACUCUUGUACUGAAGAAAAUUCCCAAAUCAACACAGGUUCCUGCAGUUUCAGAAUCUCCUACAAUAUUCAAGAGGCUUACUUCUGUGAUUGCAGCUCUUAAACAACAGUCCAAAAGUGAACGUGAGGAACUUGACAAAAAAGUAAAGGACACUUCAGAAGUGGGAUCAAAGACACCCUUAUUUGAGGAAUCCAAGAAAAGUGCCUUGAUAAUCUCAUCCAGUGCUGGCUCCCAUUCUGAAAAGGACCACUUGAGUGAGCUAGAUCUUCAUGAAUCCGAAAGUCCACGAUCUGAAUGCGGCAGUAUCAGUUCGGUCAGCUCCGAAGUUUUGGAUAUUUCUGCUCAUCAUUCAAAAAGUCCUGAAUUAGUACGCAGAGGAACCUGGCACCAAAGAGACAGCCAACAGUUUUUGCCUUUGGAGCCUGAGGUGGCAGGACAAAGGCACGACACAACUUCAAGAAAACAGAGUACCAAAGGCAUGCGCAGCUCUGCCAGCCGCAGACGUAUAUCUUGCAGAGAGCUGGGGAAACCUGACUGUGAUGGCUGGCUCUGGAAGAAGAAGGAAGGUAGCAUGUUUGUGACACAGAAGUGGCAGCACUUUUGGUGUGUGCUUAAAGGCCACUCCUUGUACUGGUAUGAGAGUCAGCAGGAGGAGAAAGCAGUGGGUUUUGUAAACUUAGCAACUUAUACAAUUGAAAGUGGUGGUGAACACAAAAGAAAGUAUGUGUACAGAAUUGCCCAUGAGAAGUUCAAAUCAUUUUAUUUUGCUGCAGACAAUGUCAGUGACAUGAGCAAAUGGAUCAAUUGCUUGAUAACUGCUAUUAAAAACUGUAAGCGCAUCAGCAAGAACCUCCCAAAUAAGGAAGAAGAUUGCUACAGUGAAACUGAACCAGAAGAUGAUGAGACCAGUUCACCACAAACCUUUCGCCGCAACACAUUUGUUAAACAUACUCAGUCAGCAGCAGCAAGUAACCAAUCCAGGUUUCUGGCUAGCAAGUCAAAAAGAAAAGAUGUGAAAAACAAGGAAAACUUGCCACAGGUGUCUGAAUCUACAGCAGGGGCUACUGGUACAGCGGAAAAGCAUGUAACAGGCCACGACGAUGAGAUGGGGCUCCUCUUUAAUCGCAUCAAGGAGGGAGGGGUCUCCCUCAUUGGCUGCCAACAGCCGUUUACAACAGAUCAUUUCAGAAGAUCUUUCGUUAAAAGGAGCAAAAAUCCAGCAAUUAAUGAGAAAGCUCUGGAACUGAGGGCCCUUCAAAGCACACUCAAAGCCAAAGAACUGGAACUGCAAGUCCUCAACAAAAUCCUAGAUGACCCUGAACUGACUGCUCAGAAGUUUAGACUUUGGAAAGGAAAACACGAAGAACUCUUCAGUGAAAUUGAAAAGAUGGAAAAAGCUAAAUUGCCAGGUCAUAAGGAAAGCAUCGCCUCCAAGUGCAGCAGCACAUCAAGUACGGAGAGUGAUCUGCUGAGUCCAGCACACAAUUCAGUGCCAGCCUUGCCUGCAGUAGAUCAAGGUGAAAUGCUGGUAGAUUCAGAACCAGAGGCAUGUGAACAGGUACAUGUCACACAGGACAAUGUGCCACACACUGCUGGCUUACAAGGGGCCGCCAGCAUAUCACAGGAGGAUUACUUUUUUAUUUGAUCAAUUUUGUACACUGCAUUACUGACUAUCAUAAAAUAUUUUCUUUUUGCCUGAGCAAAAUCAUAGGAUAGAACUGAUGAUGCUGGGAACCUGCAUGCCUAUGACUGUCAACUUCUUAUGGCAUAAAAGAAGGGUGGGGAAGUUUAAAUAUACUGUAAACUGAUAGAUGUAUUUGCAGGUAGGUUAUUAGGGAAUGGUUUUAUUUUGUAUAUAAUAAUCUUAAAGCAGUUUUGAGGAGUUUUUAAAUUUGUAUAUACAGUGUGUAUAAAUUAUUAGUAGAAACAUUUUAAAGAAGUUGUUUUAUGUCGGGUCAUUUUCACUGCGAAGGAGCUCCGUCAGUCAGGCUUUAUUAUUUUGUGCUGUGCCUUUAAAGAUACAAUUCAGGGUGCUUCUUACAGAUCUCAUAGUCUUUGUGCACUUCAGGCUCGUAGAGGUGAAGAGACCUGCACAGUGGGAGCCACGCUGUGAUUUCAAACUCCAACCUUGUUUUACUGAAGGUACCAAUUGUUUGCCAUUAGGCUAGGCAACCAACUACCAGUAAUAAAUACUGUAGUUACCUCCAGAAAACAAGACCUGUAGGAGUUUCUUACAUGUAUCUCACUUAAUCCUUUUUUUUUUUUAAUUGAUUGGUCUUGUUAAACAAAUUCUAAAGUUGAAUUAUUAAAACAUUAACAUUCCACUGUCAAAAAUAAGAACUGCUAACUCUGUGGCUGGGAUAAAAGCAAGCCAAGUAAAGGCAAAUGAGUCCGAAAGUGUAUUGAAUGUCCAGCCAUAGUAUACCACUGUGUGAAAUGUCAUUACAGCAUCUCCCUUGAACAACGUCAACCAGCCACUACUGUCAUCCGCUAGCAUUGAUGUGCAUGUGGUGUUUAAUGCUUAUAUGAACUGGCAUUAUUAAACUUUUAUUAAUUUUUCCAUGUGUA